AUGUCUCGGCUCAAGACCGAGCAUAAUGCCUCGGAGGAUUCUUCCAAGAAGACUGAGUCCAUGCUUGAGCGAACAACACUCCACCUAGAUGGCCUCAAGUCCACCCGCGCGGAGCUGGAGAAGAAGCACGGUGAGGCCGAGCAAACUGUGGUUGAGCUCCGCCGGCAACUCGAGAAUAAACUUGAGAGCCGUGAAAGCGCGGAAAUAGACGCUCUCCGCUGUGAGUGCAUGGAACUUGUGGUGCAGGUGGAGACGCUGCAGACGCAGGUCAAGGAGCUUGAGGAACGAGCGGAAGAGUUGGAAAGCGCGGCUGAGACUGCAACAGAAAAGAGGAAGCAGAAAGACGAAGAAUACCGGGGAGCACUGGACGAGUGGAAGAUAGCACUCGAGAAAGCUCAAGGAAAGGAAGAGAAACUUGAAGCGGAAGCAAAGGGACUAAGGUCGCAGCUGGAGGAUACGCAGAAAAAUAUUAAGGCCCUGAAGGCUCAUCUGAGCACGACGAAGACAGAAGCGAGGCAGGCUACGAUGAAGCAGUCGAAGCGCAUACUACCCGUCCGCGAGCUCUCGUCAACAUCUGAGAAGGAAGUGGAUGAAGUCGAAGAAGUGGUUGUGGCGCCUUCUCCUUCACCCCAGCCGAAACGCAAUGGCCGUUCCAAGCCGCGCAAAGCCCAGAAGGCUGAUUCCACAUCGCUGAAACUUGCCAGAAACCUUGACGUCGACAGCGAUGAGGAAGUCGAACCUCCAAAGAAGACCAAGAGGCAACCGAAACCUCAGAGCAAGAAUGGGAACGGAGACUCACGGACAGGCAAAAGUAAAGCCGAAAGGAAACCCAGAAAAGACAGGGACGAAGAAGAGGUUGAGGUUGAGGUUGAGGUUGAGGUUGAGAUCAUCGAGGACAAACGCAUAGCCGGCAGAAAGGGCAAGCGGAAGGCCGAGGUUCUGGAAGAGGGGGACGUGGAGGAACCCAAGCCAACCUGGAAGCGGAUUAAUAAAAGGAGUGGUGACGAGGACGAGGACGAGGAUAGCGGCACAAGGAACAAGGUAUGA